AUGCGGCCCCAACGGGAAUACCAUAUCGUCGUUUUAGGUGCUGGAGGUGUGGGAAAGAGCUGUCUUACUGCUCAAUUCGUGCAAAAUGUCUGGAUUGAGAGUUAUGACCCGACAAUCGAGGAUUCAUACCGGAAGCAGAUCGACGUGGAUGGCCGGCAAUGUAUUUUGGAAAUACUGGACACUGCAGGAACAGAACAGUUCACGGCCAUGAGGUAA